UAGCACGCGCCAAACCUCGGCUCCGCGCGCUCCGUCAGGUAACGCCGUCCACGACUAACCUAAUCGCACAAACAAGGAUAAAUAAAAGCCGCCGCUUUGGUCUAAUCUAGUUUUCGCGAUACCAGCCGAGAGGUCUGCGUCUGGAGAUGCAAGUUUCUACGCUCUGAACUGGCAGGUGGUGGUGUUUGGUGUGGUACAUUUCUGAGUGAAUCUGCGCGGUGGGUCGCGUCUUUUGGAGAAGACGAUGUUCUUCAUAUUUGAGAGUGACGGGAGCGCGCGAGUCGGCGUAGCUCGCGGGGAAUGACGCUUCAGACUUUGACCAAGUGUUAUCAAGUUAAUUACCUGAUGGACUAAAUGAAGAAUGCCGCACGUUUGGGACUUCAUUCUGAUUCUCAACAUUAAUGUCAUCAUUGUAGAAGCACAGCCAGUGUCAUCAAAGCUGCACGAUGGUUGGUGGGCAUACAAAGAUGUUGUCCAGGGGAGCUUUAUACCAGUGCCAUCUUUCUGGGGACUAGUUAACACUGCCUGGAACCUGUGUGCGAUUGGGAAGAGACAGUCGCCGGUCAACAUCGAAACCAGUCGAAUGAUUUUUGACCCCUUCCUCAAUCCGCUUCGGCUCAAUGCAGGGCAACGUAAGGUCAGUGGAACGAUGUAUAACACGGGCCGACAUGUGUCCCUGCGCCCAGACAAGUCGCACCUGGUGAACAUCUCUGGCGGGCCGCUGAGCUACAGCUACAGGCUGGAGGAGAUCCGGCUUCACUUUGGCGCCGAGGACAGUCGGGGCUCCGAGCACCUGCUCAACGGCCAGGCCUUCCUGGAGAG